UGAGCACAACUAUGAAAUGGCCUCAAUUUUCUUUGAAAAAUCUUGUGACAUAUAUUGGGAAAGAAAAUCUAAAGCUGCUGGCCUUAAAGUUAUGGCUGAUCGUAUCUAUUCUUCCAAUUCUCAAGAAGCUAAUUCUCUCCUUAGGAAAGCUGCUGAGAUAUUCGUAGAUAUAGGCGAAGCUGAUUCUGCUGCUAGAUGUUUUUGUGAUUUGGGGGAGUAUGAAACCGCAGGUAGUGUAUAUUUGAAAAGUUGUGGCGAGUCUGAGCUACAAAGAGCUGGAGAAUGCUUCACUCUUGUAGGUUGCUAUGAGUGUGCAGCUGAUGCCUAUGCUAGAGGAAAUUUUUUCUCCAAGUGUCUAAAUAUAUGCACCAAAGGGAAGUUAUUUAGCAUGGGUUUGACGUACAUAGAGCACUGGAAACAACAUGCUAAGAAAGAGGGUGAUAUAAACACUAAGGCUGAAGAGAUAGAAAAAAUUGAACAGGAGCUUUGGAAGGGAUAUGCUCUCAAUUGCUAUGUGCUCAAAGAUACUAAAUCCAUGAUGAAUUGUCUCAAAUCAUUGAAAUCAAUGGAUUUAGUUCGUAACUUUUUGAGGCCAUUUAACAAUCAGGACAUUUUAUGGAGGCUGCAGAAAUUGCAAAGCUGA